UUUGUAUUUCAACACUGAUUACCUCUAUGUGACGUCAUUAUGGCCUGGUUGGGUUAGGUUUACUUAGAAAUUUUUGUUAUAAAUCUUAUAUUUUAGUGUAUUAUAUGUUUUACUACUUUUUUUAGAUUAGUAAUAUAAAAUACCUCAUAAAAUAACGGUAAAACUGGUGCCAACAAGUGUUUGUUUGGACUGCAUUUUCUGGCGAAAAUGAAUCGCCAUGACGGAGUCAGCUGUGAUUCUUGUUUGAAAAAUAAUUUUCGAGGACGACGAUACAAAUGUUUAAUAUGCAUUGACUAUGACUUGUGCGCUGUAUGUUAUGAAGCUGGUGCCACUACCAAUCAACACACAACAGAACAUCCUAUGCAGUGUAUUCUUUCCAGAAGUGACUUUGAUUUGUACUAUGGCGGUGAAGCCUUGGCUCUGGAGCAACCACAAGCAUAUACUUGCCCAUAUUGCAACCGAAUGGGAUUCACAGACACAGCACUUAUGGAACAUGUCACUGCAGAGCACGCUGACACCACAUUAGCAGUUGUCUGUCCUGUUUGCGCAUCAAUGCCUGGUGGGGAACCAAAUUUCGUAACUGAUGAUUUUGCUGGACAUCUGACCCUCGAGCAUCGAACAGGACCCAGAGAUCUCAUCUCAUUUUUGGACGAGCCGAGUGGUAUUCGGCAUGGUGGUGUUCGUCGAAUGCCGCAUUCAGGACGCGGCGUCAGUCGCGCUCGGCGCACCAACAUGCACUUCAGUACGUCGGGCGGCAUCUCGUCGCUGUCGCCGUCGUCGCGCGACGCGGUGGUGGACCCUAUCGCGGAGCUGCUGUCGCAGCUGUCGGGCGUGCGGCGCGGGCCCGGCCAGCCCGGCACGCCCAGCCAGCUGCAGCAGCUGCAGAUACAGCUGCAGCUCGAGCGGCAACAGGCCACCGCGGCGCGGCAGCAGCUGGAGCGGUUGCCGCGGCGCGCGACGGGCGCGGCGGCGGGCGGCGCGGGCGGCGGGCCGGGCGCCGCGCCCGCGCCGCAGUCGCAGCCGCAGCCGCCGCCCCAGGCGCACCACGCGCCGCCGCAGCCCGACGACUCCGACACCAUCUUCCUGCUGGACUUACUGCCCUCCGGAUUCCAAGGCGUGGUGGACAGCGCGGCGAGCGCGGAGGCGGAGUCGCGCGCGGCGCUGCUGCGCGGGCUGGUGCUGGCGUCGCUGGGCCGGCCGCCGCCCGCCGCGCGCCCGCCCCCGCCCGCGCCCCGCGCCGCCGCGCCUCCCGCGCCCGCCGCACACCCCGCGCCGGCGCCCGCACCCGCGCCAGCCCCCGCGCCCGCGCCUCUGCGGGCCAAGCCGCAGCCCCGCACCAAGGAGGCGGCGGCACGCGCGCACGCGGCUGCGCGGCAGCUGCCGGAGGGCAGGUAG